AUGGGAUAACCAUGGGACCCAAGGGGACUACUAGGGGGCCCAUGGGGCCUACCAGGGUUCCAUGGGACAAAUAGGGGCCCUGCCAUUGCCCCCAGGGGACCAUCAUGUGCCCUGCCAUGGACAGGGGCCCCAUGUGACUACAAGGGCCAGGGGGCCCAGAGAACGAACAAGGAGCCCCCAGGGGCGUUGCCAGGGCCCCAUGGGACUACUAGGGCCAGGGGUCCUAUGGGACUACCAGGUCUCCAGAGGACGGCCAGGAGGCCCCUGGCCCUGACAGUGCUCCUGGGGGCCCCCUGGUUGUCCCUGAGGGGCUCUGGUAGUCUCAUUGGCCCCAUGGCGCUGGCAAGGCGCCUGUGGGCGCCCUGAUAGUUCCAUGGAUCCCUAACCAUGGUAGGGCCCUUGGGGGGACCCCUGGUAGUCCCAUGGUGCUUUUGGCCCUGGGAACCCCCUUGUAUUCCCAUGAGGCCCCGGGCUGGUAGUCGCAUGGGUUCCUGGCCCUGGUAGUCCCAUGGGACCUCUGGCCCUGGGAGGGACACUGGUGGCGCCCUGGUAGUCCCCUUGGGCCCUUAGCCCUGCCAGGGAUCCUGGGGGCGCUCUGGCAGACCCAUGGGGCCCUUGGUAGUCCCAAGGACCCCUGGGGACCCCCUUGUAGUCCCUUUGGGCUCCCUUGUAAUGGAACUCGCCGCAAACUUCUAAUUCACAUUUUUUUGUGUGCGAAGUAAAUUUGUAGUUUCUCGUCAAAAUAGACAAUAUAGAAUCAUGAUUGAAAAUGUAGCUGCAUUUCAAGAUUUUUUUUUUUUUUAUUAUUUCUGCACUUCAACCAUUAAGGUCAUUAAGAGCGUAAUAAGGACCAGGAAGUAUUUGAAAUAGUUGACUUCACAACUGCAUCUGAAUGGGAAUGCUUCAUUGCUGCUGUGGUGGAGGCUGUACAUGAGUGGAGGCUAUCCGGGGAGAGGCAGUUGUCCCCGCUUAAUAAGGGACAGUUAGCCACAGCAAAAUGGAGUGAGAGGACAGUUACAGUUAAGUUCGUAGAUUUUCCUUUCAAGAUGACCCACUUCAGCAUCGUCAGUGAAAGUAUUGAGUCUCCUCCCGAUGAAUCUGAGCCAAGCACAGAAUAUGAAAAUGAAGAAGAAACAGAGAGAUUGCCACAGGCAUUGGAUGAUCUCAUGAAUAGGGAGAAUGACUUCCCAGCUCGAGCCCAUUGUUUAGUACGUUGGUACGGCCUGAGAGAAUUUGUCACCAUCUGCCCGUCAAACCCCAAUAAUUCCAUCCUCUGUCCAUCAAAAUCAAAACUUCUCUUGUCAUCACUUACAAUAGCUGCCAAUAAUACCAACUGUCAGGUGCCCAUGUUUGUUCAGGUUCUACUAGCAAGUGAGAAAAUGUACUUAGGAGUAGGCUUGGGGUCUGGUGUACGUACUGAUUAUGACAUGGUUCACAUGAAGCGACCUCCUCGUCAGUGUACUCAUCUGGCUGGGCUGUUGGAUGUUUUUCGGAGCAAACUCCAGUGCACCGUGACUUCUCCACCAGUUUUGGUGUCAGUGAGGUUCACUUAUGUUCUCACUGAAUGGCCUCAUACACUGUGGACACAACAACCACCAGACUUUGAUGCUACACUCACUGAAGUUGGAUUUUCUGAUCUCGGAAAAUUACCAUUUGGGGCACUGAGUGAUCCGGUUAGUGAGCUUCAUCUGUCUGCAACAUGGCCCUGUGUUAGUGAAGAUGUACUUGUUGAUAGUGAUGUAUACAGUGAUCUAGACCCUGGUUCAGCCCCUCUGUGGACUGCCCGCCUGGUGACGGCUGCAUCUCCUCCAUGUCUUCUCUCAGAAUAUCUGACUGAAUUUCUGAAUUUGUGUCAAAAUUCUCAAUCUGUAACUCAGAUCUUAGGACCAGAAUUUACUCCAGAGGUAGAUGCUCGCCUGGUUGAAGGUAAAGAUCCUGCACAGUUUUCCUCGGCCUUUGAUCGUUUGACAGAACCCUCUGUGCCAACAUUGUCUAAGAUGGUGGGUCGAGUGCGACCUGGUUCCAAAGGCUCAAAACAGUCCUCCAGUAUUCAGUCUGGGGAGAUGGGUCCUAUACCAACUGAUAUUCUUGUUCCAAUUCUCAACUAUCUCUUCCCUGAUGCUGAAGGGGAAGAAUCAAGUGCACCUUUCCCCAGCAGCCUGAGUCAGAUUCCAGAGUGGAAUGUGGAAGGUGAACAAGCUGGUGAACAUCCUUUGAAGGCUUUAUUAAGUAAUAUGAAGAGCAGUGGUGCUGAUGGUUUAGUAUGGCGAUUGGCAGUUGUGUUGUGUCAUGUGACCCACUCCCUUGGUGGAUUGUCAGCUGCUGCUCAUCUAUGGCAUGAGGUUGUUUUAGAAUUCCGAUACCGAUGGGACAAUGCAAUUUCUAUUCUGGGUAUUGGCAGUGGAUCACCAGACUUAGCAUCAACACUCCUUCACCAAAAACUUCAGAUGCUUAACUGCUGUAUAGUUCGAAGAAGAACUAGAGAACAGUCCUCGUCUAAUUUUGCUACUGAUGAUAUUGAAGAUGAUGAUGAAUUCUAUGAAUGUGAGGAGGAAAUGGAAGAAGAGGAAAGGUCAAAUGGCAGUCGUUCAUCUUGGGAUAAACCAGAAGGCCGCCUGAAGCGGUGUGGAAAAUUACGACUUAUUAAAACAAAUGAGCAAUUGUUUGUGCCAUACACCCAAGAGCCAGCACCAAUGACUGAAGACCGGCUUGAAGAACAUUCAGAUGUAUUGUUACGCUUAGGAACAGAUUCAGUGGGAUCACAGCUGCGUGCACGUAUGAUGUCUGCUUCUUUGCUUUCCGACAUGGAGUCCUUCAAGGCAGCAAACCCUGGUGCAGUGCUUGAGGAUUUUGUCCGCUGGUACUCACCUCGAGAUUGGAUAGAAGAAGCAUCUGAUGACUCAAGCCAGCCUCCCUGUGGCAGUCUGAGUGCCCGCAUGCAGAUUCCAGGAAAUAUGUGGAUGGAGGUAUGGAAUAAUGCAAAGCCUGUACCAGCUAGACGUCAGAAGCGCUUGUUUGAUGACACACGGGAAGCUGAACAAGUUCUCCACUGGCUAGCAUCUAUGGGUCCUGGUGCUGUGUGUAGCCACUUGCAACCUACUAUAUUACAUGCUUCCUUGUGUCGACUGGCAGAAGAGAGGAUACUAUUUUCACUUCCCGCUCCUAGCAGCCUACCCCAGCCAUGCCACAGUAAUACUCUUGCCACUAUCCUAGAUAUGAUUGCACAGAGGAUUGUCAGACUCUCCAGGCAACCUCCUGAUACAAACAAGUAUCAAGAAGUUGUUGAUCAAAUAGCAGAGGUUGAAGUCUGUAUAGCCCGAGCACAGAGUGUACGACAUAAACUCAUGGGAGACAUCACUGCAUCACAUACAUCCUCUUCUUUACCUCUGGAAGAGUUGGUGCUGAGGCUGCUGGACUCACCUGAGGUGGUAUUAGAUGGCGGGCCGAGGGGACCAGCUGCUGCAGUCAUCAGGAAGCUCUUUCAACAGGCUAAUAGGGCAUCAAUGUUGGUAGAUGAUUCCCCACAAGAAAGCCCUGGUAGUUAUGGUGAUCGUCGGUCAUCCUUGAACUUUGGUGCUAGUGGCACUGCAAGUGAGUUAGGACGACCAGCUGGUCGAGAAUAUCUGUUGCGAACACUCGUACCAGCGCCAACAGCUUAUUCACGUCCCGUUCCUCAUCGCAUGUUUGCUGUUCUUCUUCAGAAUGAAUUUCGCCUUGCAGGAGCAUAUUCACAGGAUACCACUUUCUGCUGAUCAUGAUUUGUAUAAAGAAGCACUCUUGUGGUAAACAUCAUGUUUGCUUUUCUUUGUUAUAAAAAAAAUAAUACUGUAUAUUGGUCACAUGGAUGAUAUUUAGUGGGUGUAAUUAAUAGUUGAAAUAUUUUUCAAGACGGUUUAACUUACGGUUUUCAGGUAUAAAUAUUGAUUUUAAAUUUGUGAAAAUGGAUUGCAGUCUGCAAUUGACAUGUACAUGUAUUAGCAGUCGGUACAACUAUCUGAUUAAAGUUUAUAACCAAGAAAUGUUGACAUUGUAUAGAUUAUUAAUACAGUACAUGUAUUUCAAUGCUCACCAUUUACAUGUAAGAAGAGUCAAAUUUUGUACUGUAUAUCAUAUCCAUAUCUAUAAGAAGAGUGAGGUACUGUAUAUGUUCCUCAGACAUUCUUCUACAUCUUCAUUACCAAGCACCCAAAAACAUUAUAUAAUGAGAAAAUUUUGUAAAUUUACAUGCAAUAUACUGUACACUGAAAAUACAUUACAGGUAUCCCGUAGAUUACGGAAACUCAGGUUACGGAGAUUUGCCCGUACGGAAUUUAUAAAUUCGACCUUGCGGAAAAGGAGUAAAUUUUAAACAUUUUCUACUCAAAAAUCGCAAUUAGACAAAACAAAAAUCACAGAAAUUAAAAUUUAUUUGGUGUGGAUUUCUUGGUGUUUGCUACUACCAACCUUGGGUACACCAGUGUUCCCACGCCAACUCAGUAUGUUGUUAUCUCCCAGUGUGUACGCUUAAUCUCUUGAUCCCAGCUUAUUCAAGACUGUUCAGUGUAUUACCCUUAUUCAAGUUGAGUGAAAAGAGGCCAUCAGAGAGCCAGUUAAAGCAGUAGUGCUAAAAGAGCCCAUAGGGGAAUUACGUUGGAUAAACUCGCCUCACACAGCACUCGAAAUCAUUUGUGGUGAGUUAAAUUCAAGUGUUUUGUGUGUAGUAUUAUUUUUAUUUAUUCCUCACAUUUACUGGUAUAGUUGGGCAGUCACCCAGCUGACUCACAACAGGGGUGGGAAGGAGGGAGGAAGACAGAAAGACAAGUCAUCUAUGCAGUUACAAGUCACUGCCUCCAUAUAUAAACGUUCACUUCCCCAACAUACACACCCAUGCUCCUCAUUUUUCUUAUUUUACAGUUAUAUAUUAUAUUUUCUUUAUUUCUAAGCCACAUUAGAGUACAGUAUUGUAAUGAUUUUUGACAACUUUUAUAGUUUCAUUACAUGUAACAAUAAACGUGGCAGCUGGGCUGGUGAGUCGGCAACACAUUUAUAGCCCACCGCCUCCACACACAUUCAGUUAUUUUAUAGUUUUUUUAUUAUUUUCUUUAUUAUUAAGCCACAUUAGAGUACAGUAAAACCCCUAUAAUUCAGACUUCAAUAUAUCGGAAUUCGCUUUUCUCGAACUCUCUGAGGUACUCUGGAUACUCCAUUCACCAGAUAUAUUUGUGAAAAAAUAUAAAAUAUCCAGCAUCAGUUCAGGUGAUUUGUGUGUUUGUACAUGCAGUUGAAUGUCUGUGCCUGGGUGUCAUUCGGCACAUGUCUCACUGUCUCAGACUCUCAGUCCCGCCUUCAUAUGUAUAGUAUCAGUGUGCCGAACCUUACUACCUAUACUAUUUUACGUGAUUUCUUUUUUUCUUUUUUUUAGAGUACGUAGUAUCUUUAACGGGGAUACGAGGAGGUUUUAAGAAAUGGGUUAAAAUUAUAUAAGUGCAAGCAUACCCCGAUAACCGGCGCAUACAGGGACCGGGAAAAGUCGUUGGUUAGUGAAUCAACGGUUAUCGGAGCAUUUAAUCCCAUAAGAACUUAAUAUUCAGGGGGGUUAGGGACCGGCCACCCUCCAAACACUCCCAUCUACCCUUGAUGUGUCUUUGUCAUGCACACUGUCAAGCAAGAAAAUAAAGUCUACAUAUAAA